GCCAACGUGGAUAGGUCAGCUGGCAAGAGAACCAAUUUGAGGCUUGAUGAUUGGGUGUUAUGUCGACUAUACAACAAAAAAGGUAUCAACGAAAAGCAUUACAAUUUGGAUCAAAAUACAUCCACAUUGUCGGAGACACAAGAGCAAAAGCCAAAAAUCAUAUCGUUUGCUCAUAAUGGAAUAACAUUGCCACCUCCGCUACCAACAUCAAGUAUGCCACCACAGAUGAUGGACCCCUACUUGAAUUUUGACACAACGGAGUCAAAACCGAGGUUACACAUGGACUCGAGUGGCUCGGAGCACGUGGCGUCGCCGGAAUUCGCGUGCGAGGUCCAAAGUGAGCCCAAAUGGAAUGAGCUUGAGAAGGCCCUUGAUUUUCAGCUGGAUUACAUGGGUGGUUUUGGAGAUGACCCUUUAGCCUCCAGAAUGCAAUAUAGUGAUCAACUGUGGCCAAUGCAGGACAUGUUCUUGAACUUGCAGGAGCCAUUCUAA